AUGUCUGAUGUGCAAACAUUUUUCAAAAAACACUGUAUUAUUCCUGAUGUGGUAACUAUAGCACCAUCAGAAAUUUUAAACAUACAGUAUCCAAGUGGAGUAACUGUUGACUUAGGAAAAGAACUUACACCAACGCAAGUUAAAGAUAGACCUAUUGUAAAAUGGGCUAGUAAAGACACUGAAUAUUAUACUUUAGCCAUGGUUGACCCAGAUGCACCAAGUCGAGAGAAUCCCAAAUUUAGAGAAUGGCAUCAUUGGUUAGUGGGAAAUAUUUACGGAGGUGAUUUAAACAAGGGUGAAGUUUUGUCGGAUUAUAUUGGUUCGGGUCCACCAAAAGGAACUGGUCUACAUCGAUACGUCUUUUUGAUAUUCAGACAACAAGAAAAAUGUGACUUUUCUAAAAUACCAAAACUUCCUAAUAAUUCGGGAGACAAAAGAGGAAAAUUCUCUAUUUCAAAAUUUGCUCAACAAUUCAACUUGGGAACACCAGUUGCUGGAAAUUUUUAUAUGGCUAAAUAUGAUGAUUAUGUCCCGAAACUAUAUGCAAAACUCAAGGAAUAA